UUAGGAAAUUCUCGGUUCUAAAGUAACUUAUAGCUUUGACUUGGAUGCUGUUAACAUUUCUCCUUUAUCAGUACUUAAUUUGAGCAGCACUGUGAUGGUUCCAAUGGACGGCGAAGGUCAGCCACCAGAUCAGAAUGACGAGUCAGAACCUAUUUUCCGAGAGCAGCUACCGAGCCUUCAUUCAGCCAUGCUUAAACGCAUCCAAUCGAUAUGUACCACAUCAACGGUGAAAAGACGUAUCCACGUGCUCCAAUGGUUACCCAAGUAUCGAGUAAGCUAUAUCGCUUCGGAUAUCAUCGCCGGAGUCACGGUCACGUUAACGGCCAUUCCACAAAGCAUAGCCUAUGGAAUCCUCGCGAACUUACAACCGCAGGACGGGAUCAACUCCAACAUGGUAGGAUGUUUCGUGUACUUUCUGUUCGGGAGCGUCAAGGAUGUCACAGUGGCACCAACCUCGAUCAUGGCUAUCAUGAUUCAAGGGUAUGUUACGAAGCUCGGACCGGGCGUAUCCUUGCUGACGUUGAUGGCUGGUGGUGUAACGUUCCUGUUUGGCUUGCUCAACCUAGGAUUCUUGAUGCGGUUCAUCUCAAUGCCGGUCAUUACAGGUUUUACGACGGCUGCUUGCUUGACGAUCGGUAGUACACAGCUUCGAUCGCUGUUUGGGAUCAGCACUAAAGGAAAAAGCAGUGAUUUUGUAGAUGCUUGGGAAAAUGUAAUCCAAAACGUCGGUGAGACUCGGCUGUGGGAUGCAUUGCUGGGGUUUGGUUCGAUCGCUUUCCUAUUGGUACUUAGACUUACCAAAGACAGCGGCUCCGACAACCGCUGGAAAACUUUCUUCAAAUAUCUCGCUCUAACCCGUAACGCAAUGGUCGUAACCAUUGGAGCAUCAAUAGCCUACGGCUUUUCAAUCAACGGAACUCAACCGUUCAUUCUUACUGGCCACGUGGCAGCCGGCGUUCCACCUUUCCGUAUUCCACCACUAUCCGUAACGAACAAUGGAACUUACUACUCCUUCUCCGACAUGAUCUCCAUAAUGGGAUCAUCGAUUGUAACAAUUCCAUUGGUAUCCACACUUGAGAUCAUAUCCAUCGGCAAGGCCUUCUCCAAAGAUAAAAUCGUAGAUGCCACCCAGGAAAUGCUUGCCCUUGGUUUGUGUAACAUGGCGGUGGCAUUUUUUUCACCACUUCCCGUCGCGGGGUCAUUCACGCGAACUGCCAUUAACAACAGUAGCGGGGUCAAGACCUCCCUUGGAUGUGCCGUAACGGCCGCAAUGCUCUUCCUAGCUAUGGCAGCCCUGGCGGAUGCGUUUUGCUACAUUCCAAAAGCCACACUCGCGUCGGUGGUAAUUACGGCCAUGAUCUUCAUGGUCGACUACAACGGAAUGGCGGAGAUCUGGCGAGUCAAGAAGCUGGACAUGGUUCCAUUUCUAGGCACGGUGAUUGCUUGUCUCUUUUUUGGACUGGAUAAGGGCAUUCUGAUUGGCAUCGCAAUGAACUGCUGCCAUUUAUUGUACCACAUAUCGACACCCAGGAUCGAAUUCCACUUAUCGCUGGUGGAAGACAUUCGGGUUCUUUUGGUACGACCUGCAAUGGAUUUGACCUUUUCUUCGGCGGAAUAUAUGCGCGAUUGUGUCGUAAAGACAGUCAAAAAUACUUGUGAAAAUCCUGUCGAUUUGGUCGUUUUGGAUGGCAGCAGGGUGAACUAUGUGGACACGACAGCAGUGAAGAAUUUGGCAGGCGUGGAGUCCGAUUUACGAUCGAAAGAUGUAGGAUUGGUGAUUUGGAGGUGGAAAAGGAGUACGGCUGGAGGAUUGGUGCGACUCGGAGACAAAUUUCGAGCUUUGUUGAGCAAUGAUGGAGAUUUAAAUGAGGUGGUGCUGAAUUGGAAGACACCCACCGAAGGCUUGUUGCAGAGAUGUCACUGAUUUAUAAGCGAAUAAUAUCAUCUUGA